AUGGGUUCGACUGCUGAAGAUGUCGGGCUAUUAGCAGAAGUCGUCCUACUGGUUGCGUUCGAAACAACGUACAAGGGCAUCCAGCAGAACAUCAUAUACUGCACUCUGUUCGGGUUUACCACAGCAUUGGCCGCCACUUCCGCCUACGUUUUGCUACGUAAUGGCGUUAAAGAUCGUUGUUCUCAACUACUGCUCGCCGCGACAGUCAUUCUAUACGCUUCAACAACCGUUUUUUUCGCCUUCUCGGUGGUCGGUAUAUUUCUGAAUACGAACGUUUACGUCAACCCCUCGUAUCUUAACUGUGACUGGUCGGCUGGGUUUUGCACUAGUAUCAGUCACAGCCAGCUCAAGUUCUCUUGGUAUAUUGCGCUGGUCAUCACGGCUACACUCAUGAUAAACAUGUUCGUCGGAGACUGUAUUGUAUGGUGGCGCGCCUGUGCUAUAUGGGGAUACGAUCGGCGAGUUGCUGCAGCGGGAUCAAUCCUCAUUUCACUUUCGUUCGCCCUUGGUGUUGUUGCUACAGCGCACACCACCCCGACGACGAUCACAGGAAUCGAGGGACAAUCGACCCAGUAUUUCGUCCGGGAUAAAGAAGGAUUUGCAAGUGUGGUAAUCUCGUUGUCGACCAAUGCUCUGGCCACAAUUCUCAUUGCGAUCAAAACCUGGAAACAUUCAAAGUUCCUCAAGGCCUACAUUGCGAACGCCAGCAGUGCCUCUCGCGCCAUAGGCACGUUGGUGAUCCUCGUCGAGUCUGGUUUUGGAUACUGCGCCAUCUGGGCAUUUGCUACGGCCAUUUAUGGGGCUGCCCUCAUGCCCCAAGACGUUACGCCUCACUCUUUCACUGGUGUCGCCUCUAGCCUCACCCCGUUUCUUCCGUCUAUCUUGAUACCGACGAUAGCCGCGUACCCGAUGGCGAUAAUCAUCAUCGUUGCCAUGAGACGGUCCCCGUUGGACCAGCUCAACCGCACUGCGUCUCGGGCUCUCUCCUCGAGAGCGCCGGGGCAUGUUUCGACCGACACCAGGGACAAUGGGUCUUCAAUCGAACUUGGUAUGGUCGUCCACAAGACUAUCCACAUUUGUCGGGACGAGGGAAGCCCGUACGGAGUUCGCGCCGAGACCAUUGACAGCCGUGACGUCGUUUGA